AUGGAACCCUUCAUUGAUACAUUCAAUGCAAUCGACAAAAGCAGAAGUAAUGUGAUUACAAUCGAUCAACUACGAAAUUACGUCAGAGAAAAUCAUUUAGAUAGAGAGAUGAUUCCGAAAUGGCAAAAUUUGUUCGAUCCUGCGGGAACUGGAAAGAUUACCUUUCAAAGAUUCUGUGAUGUUCUUGGAAUCAAACCGGAGAGAAUUCAAUCUGUGAGUAUAAAACCUGCCAGCGCAAAUUUACCUCCAGCUGGAGUUCGUCCAGAAAUCUUAAUAAUUAUGCAAGAAUUACCACUGGCAGAUCAAAUCAGAAUAUCUGAAGAAGCUUAUCGGCUUGCUCAACCAAAAGAUAAAUUCAUUGAAAAAGAUGUUUCAGAAAAGCUUAAAAGAUGGCUGGAUGCUACAUAUGGUCGUCAUUGGCAUGUAACUCUUGUCAAGGGUUCCUACUGGACAACGUAUACGCAUACACCGAAUUGGUCAUUCCAUUUCAAAAUCGAUCAACAUUCAUUCAUCGUAUAUCGUACACAAGAAUAG